UCCGCUUCGAGACGACACCCGGCCCAUGAAUCCCAGUCCAUCUGAUCUAUUCCUCGCAACGCCCUAUCCGAGGCUGAAAUACAUACAGAUGGGCCAAUCAAGGCAAGCUAUAGCCUUGACGCCGCAAGUCCUCCUCCGCGCUCAUCAAUCCUGUGGCGUCUCUCAUCCUGGACCAUUCGGUCGUGAUGAUCCGGCUUGCCCUCUCAUCUGAUGCUCGAGACUACCUGAUACCCGGGGACCCAUCUUCCAGGUGUCAUCGGCAGGAUCUCGCCUGCUUUCUUGGCCCAUAUGCCCGGUUCUUGGCCAAUGGGCAGGCUGGCUGAGGGGAAUGAGGAAGUUGUAGACGCGCCCAGGCAAGGCCAUGCCACCAAGAGCCCGCGGUGAUAGGGCCAAGCGGCUCGGAAUUGAGAGGAUGAACGAGGGAGAAACGCCAUGUUCUCCAGGUAUGAUCUGCAUUGCAGUAAUGAGGUUAGUGUCCAGGGUGACAGGAGCAGGAUUCUAUGCUUGGCAUGAGUUUGAUCCAUACUUCCGGCCUCGAUGAUUCAAGCUAUAAGAGACGUUCGUCCGCUUUGCAGUACUGUUUCUUUCCUCAUCACAUCAUUCAUUCUCUUCCAGUUCACUAUACAUUCUUUCUCCCUAGUUCUGUGAACUUCCCCUUCUGACAUUCUUUAUUGCAAUUUUCAACUCUCACUCAGGCCGGUCCUUAUUUAACUGUCUAUAUUUAUCAAUUCUUCAAUCGAAUUUUCAAUACCGCCGCAAUCAUGAAGUACGAAACCGCCACCAUUCUCCUCGCCUUCUUUGGCCUUACCUCUGCUGCUCCCACCAAGAUGCGCAGAGAGGUUCCCCAGGAACAGUCCCACGCCAAGUUCCUCACCAGCGUCCGCGCCAGCUUGAACCUCGACAACCCUGACGGAAUCGUGGAUCCAGUUUUCGGUCUUUUGGGUAACGCAGCUGCCGCAGCAGGUGCCGGAAAGAUCACCAACUUGGACUGUCUUCACCAGGCUACCGCCGAUCGUGCUUUCACCAACGCAAAGGCCGCUGGAGAUGUUCAGUCUCAAGUCGAUGCCUUGAUCUUUGCUGCUUUGGAGAGAAAUACUGGUUCCGUUGGACUGAAGAGUGUUCUUUGCACUGACGCCGCCGUCAACCCUGAGAUUCAGGCUCUCACUCAGCACCAAGAUCCCGCCUCUGAGAAUGCCGCAGCAGACAACAAGGCCCUUGUCUUGACUCUCGCCAAGGAGAUUGCUGCCAUCGGUGGUGACCCACUUGAUGCCCUUCUCUCCGGAACCUUUGCUCCAGGAGAGAUCGGUGACCCAACCGGUGCUGGAAACACUUGCGACGAUGCCGAUGAUGCUGAGGGAUGCAUUUUCACCCAAAACCUUCUCGUUAACGACGCCACAGAGGCCGAGAUUCAAGCCGCUGUCGCAGGAGUUGCAGCUGGUGGUAAUGCAGCUGGUGGUAAUGCAGCUGGUGGUGAUGCGGCUGACAACGGAAAUGCCGCAGCUGAUAACGCAACUGAAGUCGCUGCCCCAGCCGCAAGCGCUUGCCAGGCAGUCGUUACCGCCACUGCCACCGUUGACCCCGCUGCUGAUGAUGCCGCUGGAAACAACGCCGGAAACAACGCCGAUGAUAAUGCUGGUGAUAAUGCUGGUAACAACGCCGGUAACAACGCUGGAAACAACGCUGGUGAUAAUGCUGAUGAUGCCGCUGAUAAUAACGCUGGUGGCGCUGCCGGAUCCAACGUCCAAACUUUCACUGGCGCUCUCGGAGGUGCUGCCCCAGCUGUCAUUGAAUCUGCUGGCGACCGCCCAUUCUCAGUCAACGGUAACACCUUCGUCAACAUUGGUGCUGCUCUCCAAAGAUCUUGCGCCAUUCAGAACAACGCAUGCUCAAACGCCGCCAACUCUGGAGCUCUCGAUGGUGGUGUCGGACAAUGCGGUGAUCAAGAGAAGGCAUGCAACGCAGCCGCCAAAGCUGCUGCAAAGAGCAAGCGUCAAGCACUUGACUUCGGCUCAUGCUCCAACCCCGCUGUCAAGUUCGCCGUUGGCCUUGAUGGACGCAAGGAGGCUUCUUUCCAAGCUGUCAACAACGCUGAUUUCAACCACGGAUCUGCCUUGAACAUCAAGGUUAUCUCUGACUUCAUCUGCCAACAGCUUGCAUCCAAGUGCAAGGCUGACCAGGCUGCCCUUGAUGCCUGUGCAUCUGCUCAAACAGCUGCCGCUGGCGCAACCGGCCAAGCCUCCGCUGAUGCAUUCAACGCUGCUCUCGGUGUCUAAAUAACCUUAUCUUGUCACGCAUUUAUGUGAUCAUACGGGGUGGGGAUGAGCAGAGGAUGAUUGAUUGAUUCGAAUUGAUAUUUAUGACACAGGGAGAUAGAUCAUGGAAACCCUUUUAUGUAUUUUGAAAACUGUGGAGUUAAAUGGGCCGCGGUAGGAUGAACCCGACCCUUUCGUAAUGAAUAUGGCGUUCCUUGUGUAUGGAUUUGGACUUAGUCUGAAAUGUUCUUGCUCGAUUGCAUCUUGUCUUUAUUUAUGCUUCAUAUGUCGCGAGGAGCAUUCAACAAUUCCAUGUUGGUGUUUACGUCUAGCAAUACUUGUAAGAUGAAAUUGGGCAGAAUUUAUAUGUUAAAUUUUUUCAGCUUGGUUAGAGCUGCUUAAAGAUAAUGUGCUGACUUUUC